AUGUCUGACGCACCGAGACCGAAAGCCACUGUCUAUGUCGGAGGUUUGACCUCUGCCGUCGACAGCCAUACUCUGCACAACGCUUUCAUUCCAUUCGGUCCCAUUGUCAAUAUAUCACUGCCGAAGCCAGAACUACCAUCAAAUCCCGAACCUCACCGUGGCUUUGGAUAUGUCGAGUUCGAGAGUCCCCAAGACGCUCAGGAAUCAAUCGACAACAUGGACCAAAGCGAACUCUUCGGCCGUGUCAUCAAGGUCAAUCUAGCCAAAGAGCAGAAAGCAGAAGGAGAAGGCUUGGGUAGCAAGACUGCUAUCUGGGAACAACACGCGGUCAGCGACGAGGAUCGCAUGGCUGCACGGGGAGACGAAGAUGGUCAUGACGGCCCAGUGGAUCCUAUGCAAGGCCUGGAGGGUCUCGAUGUUGCAGGCCCUCAGCAAGCCUAA